CCGCCAACUCUUCCCAGAGCCCUGGGCAUGAACGGCUACGGCUCCCCCUACCUCUAUAUGGGCGGCCCGGUAUCGCAACCGCCGCGGGCGCCUCUGCAGCGUACGCCCAAGUGCGCGCGCUGCCGCAACCACGGCGUGCUGUCCUGGCUCAAGGGCCACAAGCGCUACUGCCGCUUCAAGGACUGCACCUGCGAGAAGUGCAUCCUCAUCAUCGAGCGGCAGCGGGUCAUGGCGGCGCAGGUGGCGCUGCGCCGGCAGCAGGCCAACGAGAGCCUGGAGAGCCUCAUCCCGGACUCGCUGCGCGCUCUGCCGGGGCCCCCGCAGCCUGGGGACUCCGCCGCCGGCCCGCAGCCUCCGCCGGCCUCGCAGCCCGCUCAACCGCCACCGCGCCCCGCCGCCGAGUUGGCCGCGGCCGCCGCCCUGCGCUGGGCCUCCGAGCCCCAGCCGGGGACGCUGCAGUCGCAGCUCGCCAAGCCAGAUUUAACUGAAGAACGCCUUGGGGAUGGCAGCUCUGCAGACAACACAGAGGUUUUCAGUGACAAAGAUGCUGACCAGAGGAGCUCCCCAGACGUGGCCAAAAGUAAGGGUUGCUUCCCUCCUGAAAGUCCUGAAAUAGUGUCUGUGGAUGAAGGUGGCUAUGCUGCCCAGAAAAAUGGAGGCAACCCUGAGAGCCGCCCAGAGAGCCCCAAGUACCACACGGAACAGAACCACCUCCUGAUCGAGGGCCCAUCUGGAACCGUCUCUCUGCCCUUCAGCUUGAAAGCCAAUAGGCCACCUCUUGAAGUGUUAAAAAAAAUCUUCCCCAACCAGAAGCCCACGGUGCUCGAGCUCAUCCUGAAGGGCUGUGGGGGGGACCUGGUGAGUGCCGUCGAGGUCCUCCUGUCCAGCCGGUCCUCGGUGAGCGGAGCCGAGCGAACUUCUGCAGAAGCCGAGAGCCUCGUGCUGCCCUCCAACGGGCACAUCUUUGAACACACCUUGAGCUCCUACCCCAUCUCCUCAUCCAAGUGGUCUGUGGGCUCAGCCUUCCGAGUCCCAGACACGUUGAGGUUUUCCGCAGACUCGAGUAAUGUUGUCCCCAACCCCUUGGCUGUGCCUCUGCAGCACCCUUUCCCCCAGCCGCCCCGGUAUCCACUAAUGCUGAGGAAUACGUUGGCGAGAAACCAGUCCAGCCCCUUUUUGCCCAAUGACGUCACCCUGUGGAACACCAUGACCUUGCAGCAGCAGUACCAGCUGAGAUCCCAGUAUGUCAGUCCCUUCCCUGGUAACUCCACCAGUGUCUUCAGAAGCUCACCUGUCCUCCCUGCCCGAGCCACAGAGGACCCGCGGAUCUCCAUCCCGGAGGAUGGGUGUCCAAUUGUGACAAAGCAGUCCCUUUACACAGAGGAGGACUAUGAUGAGCGGUCCGACUCCUCAGACUCUAGAAUCCUCAACACAUCGUCCUAAAGUGGGACUGGAUGGGCAGUGACCCCUGGGGGGCAGGUGACA